AGCACCUUCCAGCCGGAGCGCGGCUGUCCUACGCCUACCGGCCGGCUCCGUGACUUUGGAGUCUCCUUUGCCUUGUGUGACAAGUGGUGCCGAGCUGGGACAUCCCCACGGCAUGGUGGAGGGAUGCCAGUUUGAAAUGGGUCUUAAAACCAUCUGGAAGGACUACAAAGUUCUCAUUGUUAUGGGAGUUGGCCUUGGGCUGGUGCACUGGGGCUGGUUUCAUAUCAAGUCCAGCCCUCUUUUCCAAGUGAAGACAGUGGAGGUUGUUCCAGAACCUGGGAUUGUGGCAUACGUGUUGCAAAACGAUCGCAAAAAUAAAGAGAAGUAGCAUUAGAGCUAUGUACUGUGGGUAUGACUAGCUCUGGAGCUUUUCAUCUGUGUUUUGCCAGAAGAAGAGAUGAGGAAAGCUAACUGGAAUAGAAAGAACUUUCUGCUUGUGGUGGGACUGUCAGUUAUAGGUGUCCAUUUUGGAAGCAUGCUUGUAAACUUUGUUGCAAAAAAGUCUGCUCACUCGCAUUCAGAAGCUAAAAAAGAUCGUCAUGAGUGAAA